AUGGCAACAGCGUCCAUGAAGCCUUCUAGUGCAAACCUUUUCAAUUACUACAAUAAGCAGAAGCUGGCACAGCAAUGCUCGGAGAGCACCAAUUCCUUGCAGUUAUCAAUGCGCCAUAUGAAUCUCCAGGAUCAGCCGCAGUCGCUUUCCCAGGAGCCGCGUCCGCACAUGAGAUCAAUUAGGCCACGUGCACUUGACCUUAGCAGCCAGCCCAGUCAGGAGAUGCAAUACACACCCGACUAUCUUACACCACAAGAGCAGUUGUUCCGAAUGGACUAUGAGCCAUCUUCUAUGCAGCUCGAUGAUGAAGUUAGCAGAUCGCCUCUGCCAUCGCCUCGUGCUCAAAAGCGCCCACGACCGCUGAAGGUCGUCCCAUCAGGUUGUGGUGAUGAGGAGUGCAGCAGCCAGAGCCUCAGCCAAAGCCGUUCUGCAGGCGAACCCAGCACGUGCAGCAAGGCCCUCUCCGGGCGGCCCCCGAUUCCGAAGCUGCGCGAGAUUCAGCCGCCCAUGCCGCGGAACCCGUACCUCGUACGGGCGGAUGACGACAGUCACGUGUUCCAAGCAUCUCAAUCGUGUUUAAACCGGGGGAACUAUAGCCGCUUCCUGUGGGAUUAUCACCAGGAGGCUGAGCUUGGGCAUGGCAACUUCAGUAAGGUCUACCGCGCCGUGCACCGGCUGACGGGCGUUCCGUUCGCAGUGAAAACGAACCGAAGUCCGAUCACGACACUCCAGGCACGCAACAUGUGGCUCAAUGAGAUGCAAGCUCUCGCCGCCGUGCAGCAUCAUCCACACAUCGUCGGAUUGUACGAUUCUUGGUUUGAGCCGGACGUGCGUGGGGACGCGGAGCAGGCGUUCCUCAAGCUGGAGCUAUGUGGGGAUAGCCUUGGCGGCGUGUUCAAGCGACGCGCACAGCUGAAGGAGCAGGAUGUAUUGGACAUGUUGCGGCAGAUUGCUUCCGCGCUGAAGCGAAUUCAUGAGCUAGGUAUGGUCCACCUGGACGUCAAGCCAGACAACAUUUACGUAGCAUUGGUACCCGCUCGCGGAGGUAGCCCCACAGCCUGCAGCAGCAGUACCGGAAAUGUCUACAAGCUGGGCGAUUUCGGGCUGGCCAUUAUGCAGGGUGGACAGCGGGCGGGCACGUCGGAGGGCGACUCCAACUUGUUUGGUGACUUAGGGUCUUUGAGCAUUGACUCGUAUUCUCCAAACAACGACUCGGUUCGCCCCUGGGAUCCUGGACGUGGCGUUAGGUAUUUGGCACCCGAGGCCCUCAAGAGCCGGGAUUUCCUAAACAGCGGCCUUGCGGACCGCCUAGACAUCUUUGCGCUGGGGGCCUCGGCUUACGAGCUUCUCCGGGGCAGUGAGUUACCCAAGAACGGGCAGCCGUACCACGACAUUCGUGCGGGCAAGAUUUUCCUGCCCGGCAGCAACCAGCGCUUGGUCGGGCUGCUAAAAAAGAUGAUGGCGCCAGACCCGGCCCAGCGCCCUACGGCGGAGCAGCUCCUUAAAUCGUCGCUUCUUAACCCGUUGGCCUCUACCGGCGGCCAGUCACAGGCGCACCAAUCACCGCUGCCGUUGUCUCAGUGA